GUCAAGUGGAUUGACUUCAUAAAGUCAGUCCGAUGGAAAUAAGUGAUGCGCAAAUAGAAAUAGCCAAAACAAAAAUUUUCAGUGAGAAAAACUAACCAUGAGUUCCAGUAUCGAAGCGUUUAUCCAGAUAUUGCUUCUCUUCCUUCUUCUCCCCUCUAGCAUUUGCCAGCUUCCCCUUGACGCCCUAACGCCAGACCGUCCCAUCAGAGACGGCGACGUUUUAGUCUCUAACAAUCAAAUCUUUGCACUAGGGUUCUUCAGCCUCGGAAAUUCUCAGCACCGCUACGCUGGAGUUUGGUAUAACAAGAUUCCAGAGAAAGCCUUUGUCUGGGUUGCGAACAGAGACAACCCAGUCAAUGAUUCCUAUGGAGUGCUAUCGAUCAAUGGUGAUGGAGGCCUUGUCAUACAUGGAAAGGACCUAAGUACGCCUCUUUGGUCCGCAAACGUUACUCUCUCUUCCCCACACAAUUUUACAGCCAAACUUUGGGAUACAGGAAAUCUUGUUUUACUUGAGAAUGGUAGCCAAAGAGUUGUGUGGGAAGGAUUUGAUUACCCCUCAGAUACACUGCUCCCCUCUAUGAAGAUUGGGCUGAACCGGCGGUCCGGGUUGGAGAAGCACCUAACAUCUUGGAAAUCAAAAGAUGACCCGGGAACCGGGAGUUGUACAUGUGGGAUAAACCCGAUGGGGGUUCUGCAGUUGUUUCUGCGCAAGGGUAGAGAAGCAUUAUGGCGGGGCGGCCCUUGGACUGGGCACAGAUUGAGCGGUACCGCUGGAGACUACAAUUCAAGUAUUGUCAACAAUGAAGACGAGAUAUCCUUCGCGUAUUUGGACUCAGAGAUCACAAGGAUGGUGAUAGAUGAAUCAGGAAUACUUCAAGGGUUCACGUGGAAGGAUCAAUGGAUCAAAUUCUACUCCUACCCGACUGGGUGGUGUGAUUCCUACGGACAGUGCGGUCCAAAUACUAACUGUGACCCAGCCAAGGACUAUAAGUUGUCUUGCACGUGCCUACCUGGGUUCGAAUCCAAAUCACCUAGAUUGAGUCUUGGUGAAGGUGGGUGCAUUAGGAAAGCGGAAGCCUCCACAUGUCAAAAUGGCGAAGGGUUCGUGAAGGUGGCGAGUGUAAAAAUACCGGACUCGUCUACGGCACGUGUGAACAUGAGCACGAGUUUGGAAGAGUGCAGACAAAAGUGCUUGAUGGAUUGUUCUUGCACAGCUUACACGAGUGCGGAUGAGCGGGGAGGUGGGAUCGGGUGUUUGACAUGGCACGGGGACUUGAUGGACACGAGGACUUUUUCCGAUGUUGGUCAAGAUUUAUAUGUUCGAGUCGAUGCAACUUCUUUAGCUCAAUAUGCAAAGUCAGGUGGUUCUCUUAGCAAGAAGGCAAGGCUGGCAAUUUCACUUGGAUCUGUUACUAUUUUUAUUCUCUUACUUACCCUUUAUUGGUUGGUAAGGAUGAAGAUGAAAGGUAAGCGUAGGCAAAAUAAAUAUUCAUUUGAACUUACUGCUGGGUUAACCUACUUCGAAGAAGCUACUGGUGGAUUAGCUCUUGAUGAUAGUAGAAUAAACUCGGAGUUACUAUUAUUUCAUCUAAACACCGUAGCCACCGCCACAAACAAUUUCUCCAUUGAAAACAAGCUUGGAGAAGGAGGGUUUGGCUCAGUUUAUAAGGGGAUACUUUACGAUGGAAAGGAAAUAGCCGUAAAAAGACUAUCCAAGUUUUCUGGCCAAGGAGUUGAAGAGUUCAAGAAUGAAGUUCUUCUGAUUGCAAAACUCCAACACAGAAACCUUGUGAAGAUUUUAGGUUGUUGUUUUGAAGAUGAAGAGAAGAUUCUAAUCUAUGAAUACUUGCCAAACAAAAGUUUGGACUCUUUCAUCUUUAAUGAAACAAGGAGAGCACUUUUAAGUUGGACAAGACGCUUCGAGAUUAUCUUGGGGAUUGCAAGAGGCUUAUUAUAUCUUCAUGAAGAUUCAAGACUAAGAAUUAUCCAUAGAGAUCUAAAGGCCAGCAAUGUUCUAUUGGAUAAUUCUUUGAACCCAAAGAUUGCAGAUUUUGGUAUGGCUAGAAUAUUUAGAGGGGAGCAAACUGAAGCAAAUACAAAUCGUGUGGUUGGAACAUAUGGUUAUAUGUCGCCGGAAUAUGCAAUGCAAGGACUGUUUUCAAUAAAGUCUGAUGUGUAUAGUUUUGGUGUUUUGUUGCUAGAAAUCAUUACUGGCAAAAAGAAUGCUAGUUCCUAUGAGAACUAUCCAUACUCAAAUUUGAUUGGACAUGUUUGGGAGUUGUGGAAAGAAGGCAGAGUUGUGGAAAUCAUUGAUUCAUCUAUAGGUGAAUCUUACCUUGUUAGUGAAAUUAUAAGAUGCAUUCAAAUCGCAUUCCUAUGUGUGCAAGAAUUUGCAACUGACCGGCCAACCAUGUCGGUAGUUGUUUCAAUGUUAAGUAACGAUGCAGCUCUUCCUUCACCAAGACGACCGAAGACAAUGAGUCCUAGUAGAGACCCAUCUAGCAACAAAGGAGAUAGUUCAGUAAAUGAUGUCACAUGUACAAUUGUAGAAGCUCGCUAAAGGUUUAUUGUAUGUCUAUUUGCAAUGGUAAUCUAAUUGAGCAACGUAUGGAAGAUUCUAUUAUCUUCCAAUUGGGCUUCUGAGUUAUAAAGAAUGUAAUUAGGGUGUUAUCUUGAAGCAUAUAGAGAUAAAGGUGAUUGUUAGUUUCUA